CACUAUUUGUCAUAGGCUGUAUAAAUAUGGGAUCUCCCCCCUGUGGAUCACACACUUGACCAAUUGCGCCGCGCAAGAGUCUGAUGGCUCAUUUGAAUUCAGCGAUCCUCUGAGGCUAGAUGUGGUACAGACAGUAUACAGUAGUAGGUAGUGAAGGGUCUGUGCGUGAGUUUGUGCGCGCGUGUGUGUGUGUGUGUGUGUUUAUGUGUUUAUGUGAAUGUGCACUCCUAGAAUAGAAAGCCAAAGGAAGAAGAAGGAGAAGAAGAAGAAGAGAGGCGGGAUCGGUUUGUGCCUUGUUGAAAUCCAGGGUGAAGCAAAUACACAGUCUGUAACAGAUCGAUCAGCACUUCGCGCUCCCUUUGUGGAUUUGAUGGAUGUUUGAUCAGUGGAUGUGAUGCCCAUAUAUAUCAUCGACCGAAAAUUUCCCGACACAUCUGGUGAGUUGAUACAGCCGGCAGCUGAAGGAGGAGACCUGAGAAUGACAGAAACCAACCCCCCCAAGUCGGCUAAAAAGCCCCGCUGGACCUCCUUGGAGAUCGGCCUCAUUACUAUUGUCUCCUUGCUCUUCAUCGUCAUUGUCGCCCUCAUCAUCCUCUUUGCUACACAGAAGACUGAUGAAAUCUGCACCACAGCUGACUGCACACAGUCAGCGUCUCGUCUCAUUGAGAACAUGGAUGCUAGCGUGGACCCUUGUGACAACUUCUACCAGUACGCCUGUGGAGGCUGGCUGAAAAAGAACAUCAUCCCUGAGACCAGCUCUAGAUACAGCACCUUUGACAUCUUACGAGACGAACUGGAGGUCAUUCUCAAAGGUGUCCUUGAAAAAACAGUGGAGGGGGAAGCCGCUGCUCUCACCAAGGCUAAGACCCUUUACAAGUCCUGUACCAAUGAGAGUUUAAUUGAGCUCAGAGGAGGGGCUCCUUUGCUAGACAUGCUGCCUGAUGUGUUUGAGUGGCCCAUAGCUGUGGACAACUGGGAGACCAACUAUGGCAAAACGUGGAGGCUGGAGGACGUCGUUGCCAAGCUGAAUGAGAAAUAUGGAACUCAACUUUUGGUUAACUUUUUUGUCGGCACCGAUGACAGGGACUCCAAUUCACACAUCAUUCAUUUUGACCAGCAGACAAGCCUCGGCCUCUUGUCCAGAGAUUACUACGCUUGCACCGGACCUUAUGCAGAGGCAUGUCGGGCCUACGAGCAGUUCAUGAUUGACCUGGCUAAGCUAAUCCGCACUGACCGAAAACUGACCAUCAAUGAAACUCGCAUCAGAGAGGAGGUGACACGAGUUAUGGACCUGGAGAGGGACAUUGCCAACGCUACUGAUACUCCAGAGGACCGUAACAACCCAGUAUUGCUUUACAACAAGAUGGAACUUGGUGAUCUGAACGCGAACUUCACCCUUGAGGUGGAAUCACAGGUAUUUGACUGGAGUUACUUCACAGCCAAGAUAAUGGACACAGUCAACAUCAGUGUUCCUGACACAGAGAAGGUCAUAAACUACUCCCCCAACUAUUACAGAAAACUCAACCUUAUCUUGGCCAGAUACACCAAGAGGGAUCUGCAGAACUACAUGGUGUGGCGUUUUGCUAUGAACAUGGUAGUGGGCCUGAGCAGAGCUUACAGGGACACCAGGAAAGCCUUCCGCAAGGCUCUGUCUGGUACAACAUCAGAGGCAGCUGUGUGGCGACAGUGUGCGCUUUACGUCAACAACAACUUGGACAAUGCUGUAGGACGACUGUAUGUGCAGGAGGCCUUCUCUGAAAAGAGCAAAGAACUGAUGGAAGAGAUGAUUAAAGACAUUCGGCAAGUGUUUAUUAGUAACCUUGAUGACCUGACCUGGAUGGAUGCAGAGACGAAGAAGGCAGCUGAGGAGAAGGCCCGAGCUAUCCGGGAACGGAUCGGUUAUUCUGACAACAUUAUGGAUGAUGAAUACCUUAACAAUGAGUACAAAGAUCUGGGCUACAGUGCAGAGGAGUACUUUGAAAACAUCUUACAGAACCUGGAGUAUGUGCAGAAGAAACGCCUGCGGAAACUCAGAGUCAAAGUCAACAAAGAGGAGUGGGUAACUGGAGCUGCUGUUGUCAAUGCCUUCUACUCAUCCAGCAAAAACCAAAUAGUGUUUCCUGCAGGCAUCCUCCAGCCGCCUUUCUUCAGCAAAGGCCAGGCUAAAUCUCUCAACUAUGGUGGCAUCGGCAUGGUAAUCGGUCAUGAGAUCACACAUGGCUUUGAUGACAAUGGUCGUAACUAUGAUAAGGACGGUGACCUGAAGGACUGGUGGACACCAGACUCCACUCAGAGGUUCCUGGAGCUGUCAAAAUGCAUCGUCAAUCAGUAUGGCAACUUCUCCUGGGACCUGGCCAAUGGACUUCAUUUAAAUGGUAACAACACCCUCGGGGAGAACAUUGCUGACAAUGGAGGGAUACGGCAGGCAUAUCAGGCCUAUAAGAACUACGUGAAGGAACAUGGAGAGGAGCCCCCACUGCCUGGCAUUGACCUUUCCCACAAUCAACUCUUCUUCCUAAACUUUGCUCAGGUGUGGUGUGGAACACACCGACCAGAGCAAGCUGUUAAUUCCAUCAAAGUAGACGUACACAGUCCAGGGAAAUUCAGGGUACUGGGCUCCCUUCAGAAUUUCCCAGAAUUUGCCAAAGCGUUCAGCUGCAACAAGAGCAGCUACAUGGUCCCUGACAACACCUGCCGUGUGUGGUGAUCCACAGACCUCUGGGAUGGGGACUGUUCUGACGUGGGUCAUCCCUGUCCCCCAACAGUACCUCUCCCCUCUGACUGUUGGAGCACUUGUCUGGGGCUACAGGGAAGUGGAAGCUCCCCUUAGCUCUUUACUGGAUGGACCAGGGCUGGUGGACUGACACUGCAGUAUGCACUUCCUCCGAGGAAAGCAGUGGACUGUACCCUCACGGACAGGCGGGGCACUGUCUCUCCAACUCUAAUACUGUAGUUCAUUCAAUCAGCCUGAUUAUUCUGCUACUCACUGGAUACAAUCACUCCUUGUUUUUAUUUUUCUUCUCUCCAUUUUCAUCUUGUUUUAUUCAUCAUUUGUGAGUCUGCCAAUGUGUAUGUGAGCGUGAGUUUGUUUCAGUCAAAAUACUGUACAAGUAGUUGGCAAGAGAUGGGCAGACAGACAAAUGUGCUCAAACCCACUGGCAUAUGAAUACACCACACACCCACUCACACUUAUAUACAUGUAACAGAACCACUGUACUGUAUGUGGGAUUGAGCUGUAUGCCUCUCAUAAAACCUCAGCUGGUUUCAGCCUUCAUCUACAUGCUGAUACACUCUACAAUGUACUCGUAAUGUACUCUUUGUUAAUACUUAGGACUAUAUUAGGUAAAUUAUUACAGAAAAUCAGAAUUUAUUUUGUUGAAUAGACCAGUAAAUAUUUAACCAUAAUCACAUAUUACAUAAUACUGUUCUAUAUUUAAUGUUAAUGACUUAACUGCAGUUGACAGGCGGCUGCUGUUCAUUAGCAGUAUGUCAAAUAAACCAAAAUGAAUUUUUUCGCCUUUAAGAUGACAGUUGGUCAUGAAUCAUUGAGCUGACAAUCGACAGACACCCAACCAUUUUUAUACUUUCACUGAGCCUCCUGUGUGUUUCUAUAUGGAUGUAUUUCUCUAUGUGUUUUCCAGUCUUUGUAAGUCAUUAUGAUCGCUGCCUACUGUUUGUCAAGCAAACUGGUAUGCCUUACAUCAUCUGUUGUGCUACAGUGUGACAGUGUGUAUGUGUAUAAUUCACGGGAGAACAGAAAAUAAGAAAAUGUAACAUAAAAGGAAUAGACUUUUUCACAACCGUGCUAUUUGAUGUCUGUACGCUACAGCCAGAAGCCAGUUAGUUUUGCUUCAGAUAAAGACUUGAAAUACCUCUACAGCUAACUGAUUUCCACAUUAUUCUUUGUUAGUUUAAUCAGUACAAAAAACAAAGUUUAAAAACAACAAGUUGUGGUUUUAAGGGUCGUCAUGUGCUGGACUGUUUCUUGACCAGGAGCAGUGACUUUCUGGAGUCUUUGACGCUGCCUGGUAACCUUAUAGCGUCAAGACUGUAGACAAGGAGUCUUUACCUUUCAACUUUUCUAUAGAUUAUCAAAGAAAAUAUAGCUUGGUAAUUGGUGAAAUUUAAAUGUGGUGUUUCCAGUUGUUAUGCUAAGCUAAGCUAACCAUGUCCUGGCUGUAGCUUUAUAUUGAUUAGAAUGAUAUGAGAGUGGUAUCAAUCUUCUCAACUCAACUUGACAGCAUAUAAGUGUAUAUCACAAAAUGUUGAACAAUUCCUUUCAGAAAGGUGUUGUGAUUUCUCAGUUUGACCUUGGUUUUAACACAUAAAGUCUGCCAUAUUACCCACCUUUUAAAAAAAAAAAGAUUCUUGUACACAUUGAAGCAAAAAUCAAUUGGCAGACGAUAUAAUUAAGCUUUUGAAAAGGAAUGUUUAUCUUAUCUAUUUUAAACUGCAGGCCAAGUCUUGGCUGAAAUCUAAUGAAGUUUUCAAAAGUGCAUGCAUUUUUCUGAAUGCAAGUCAAGUCAAGUCAGUAGAUCCCAGUUUAGGAUUCAUCGUUUUGUACGGCUUUAUUUUCUACGUUAAAAUGUAACUGAGGAUAUGAUACAAGAUCGUUAUUUGUGGAGUUGCCUUUGCCUUUUAUAUAGAAAUUAGUGCAAUGAAUGAAUGAUCAUGUAGAGCACUUCUUCAGACUGUAUACAACACCCUUCAUGUCCAGACUUUAGGUUCAGACGUUCUUUUCCCAUGUUUUUUUUCAUAUUAUUUGUGCAAGCUUUCUGUCUCUCUGUCACUGUUGCUCACUCCCUCAGGCUUUCUUUCUGCCUCUCUCUCUCUGCCUCUCUCUCUCUCUCUCUCUCUCUCUCUCUCUCUCUCUCUCUCUCUCUCUCUCUCUCUCUCACACACACACACACACACACACACACACACACUCCACCUGUAGAAAGACAGAUAUACCUCAGUUGCCUGUAUUUAGAUACUUUAUAAUAAUGACUGAUAAUCAUCUUGAGGAGCAUUUUUUUUCUUUCAAAAUAAAUCUUUAAAUAACA